AUGCCUUCCGCUUCAUCAUCCUCAAAAUCUGAAACCCAAUGGAUAUACGAUGUGUUCAUCAAUUUUCGGGGGGAAGAUACUCGUAAGAAUUUCGUUUCUCAUCUCUAUUCCGCUCUUGCAAAUGCAGGAGUCAACUCUUUUCUGGACGAUGAGAAGCUCCCCAAGGGACAAGAGCUGAAAACAGAGCUGUUCCACGCAAUAGAAGGGUCUCGAAUUUCCAUCGUUGUUUUUUCCGAAAACUACAUUUACUCUACAUGGUGUCUUGAUGAACUCGUCAAAAUCAUGGAGUGCCAUGCUUCUAGAGGUCAAGUGGUUUUGCCCGUAUUUUACUUCAUUAGCCAUUGGUCUCUAAGUGACCUGAGGGAUGUUUCUUUCGAAGUCAUUUUCGAUCAAGCUGGUGACAUCCACAGGGAGAAACAAUGGCAGAAUGCACUGAGUAAUGCAGCGCAUUUAUCAGGUUGGGAUGUUUUAAAUUACAGUUUAGCUGAACGGUUUGCUAUGAACACUAUGGCAGAAAGGCAUAGGAGUCCAAUUGUAAAUGAAAACACUGUUGUGAAGGAAAUUGUUAGUGAAGUUAUGGAAAUACUAGAUAGAACAUUCAUGUCUAUUACAGAUUUUCCAGUUGGAUUGGAAUCUCGUGUGCAACAUUGUAUUGGCUUUCUACGAAAGCAAACAAGAGAAGCUUAUAUAUUAGGGAUUUGGGGAAUGGGAGGGAUUGGUAAAACAACCAUAGCCAAAGCCAUCUACAAUGAACUUCGACAUGAAUUUAAAUAUAUCCUUAAAACAGAAAAGAUAAAGGUUUAUAGCAUUGAUUGGGGAAAAGCUAUGAUCAAGGAAAGGCUUUGCACAAAAAAAGACAGAGGCUAUGUCACAGAGAUACUAAAUGGUUGUGGACUUCAUGCUGAUAUUGGAAUAACAGUUCUGCUAGAAAGGAGCCUCAUCAAAGUUGAAAAGAAUAACAAACUUGGAAUUCAUGAUUUGCUACGAGACAUGGGAAGAGAAAUAGUUCGUCAAAGUUCACCUCUAGAACCACAGAAGCGCAGUCGAUUGUGGGUUCAUGAUGAUGUAGUCGAUAUAUUGACAGAACAAACUGGAACAGGAGUCAUUGAGGGAUUGGCUUUGAAGAUGCAAAGAACCAGCAGAGUUUGUUUCGGUACUGAAGCAUUUGAGAAAAUGAAGAGACUGAGACUUUUACAACUUGAUCAUGUACAACUUGCUGGAGAUUUUGGGAAUCUUCCCAAACAACUGAGAUGGGUUUAUUGGAAAGCAUUUUCAUUGACAUACAUACCUGACAACUUUUAUCAGGAGAAUGUGGUUUCUAUUGAUAUAAAAUACAGUUAUCUUAAACAAGUAUGGAAGGAGCCACAGUUGCUGGAGAGGCUAAAAUUCCUUAAUCUUAGUCAUUCCAAGCACUUAUCAAAAACCCCAGAUUUUUCAAAACUACCAAAUCUUGAGAAGCUCAUUCUCAAAGAUUGUCCAAGCUUGUAUGAAGUACACCAUUCAAUUGGAGAUUUAAGUAACCUUCUUCUGUUAAAUUUGAAGGAUUGCACAUGCCUUGGCAAUCUUCCAAUAAUAAUAUAUAAGUUAAAGUCAUUACAAACCCUCAUCCUUUCUGGUUGUUCAAAGAUUGACAAGCUAGAAGAAGACAUAGUGCAGAUGGAAUCUUUGACAACACUAAUUGCAGACAAUACUGGUCUAAAACAAGUGCCCUUUUCCAUAGUAAGAUCAAAAAGGAUUGGAUAUGUAUCCCUUUGUGGAUAUGAAGGACUGGCACGUGAUGUAUUUCCUUCUCUCAUAUGGUCAUGGAUGUCACAUACAGGAGGUCUUUCAGCCUGUACUCAACCAUUUGGGAUCAUUCCAACAUCUAUAGUCUCCAUGGAUUUACAGGACAGUAAUUUGGUUAAUCUAUUAUCAAAUCUCAGGGAAUUUUCAAAACUUCGAAGUAUUUGUGUGCAAUGUGAAUCAGAUUUUCUAAUAACACAAGAGCUAAGGAUGAUUCUGGAUGAGUUAUGCAAUGUAAAUUUUUCUGAAUCAGAAAACGCAUAUUUAUCACAAAUUUCAGAAAUGUCUAUGGUAUCACAUUUGAUUGGAAUGGGAAGCUACCACCAAGUCUUCGAUAUGCUUAGCAAUAGCAUAUCAGAGGUUCUUUCUCUCUUUUUCUGA